UAGUCUAGUUCUGUAAUAGAACCCCCCACAAAUUUGUCGGUAAAUUCAUUUCUGGGAUUUGAAAUUACGUGACCAAGUGCUCUCAACACGGAACCUGAGUGGAAGCCGGAUUCAGUCCGGUGCACGGGGUGGGAAUGAGUCAGGACACGGAUAAAUUGUGGUAAACUAUUGUAUUUACAUUCAAUGUUUAGCGUUUGAUUGUGACUGACUCGCCGAGAGGGAGAGGGGUAUCAUGGCCGCUCAGGUCGCCAGCGCUACCACUCUCAACACCAGCCCGCCCUCCGAACUGAAAAAACCGGAUCGAGACCCAAAGGAGGAGUCGGUACCGGGAGAGAAGCAGCAGGAAAAUAAGGAAGCGGGAUUAGAGAGUGGAUCUCCGGGCCGGGGGGAACUGCAGGACGGGGCCGAUGUGGGAAAUGCAGGGGGAGGAGGAGAGUCGGAGAUGAAGAACGGUAACGGGAAUCCGUCUCGGGUAAAUAAUAAUCAGAAUGAUUCCGCGGGAGCCGACGGGAAUAAUCAUCCCGGGAUGGUACACCAUCACGCAUCCGCUUUUCCACCACCUUCAUAUGGUUACAGUCCGCACUACGGCCGGGCCCCUUUUCAUCAACAUGGCGGACAACAAAGCCCUGGCAUGGCAGCUGCAGCGGGGCCAGCCGCGCUGUCGAGCAACUUGAUGGACCCAUAUCAGCCCAAUUCUCAUGAUCACAGCUUUCCCAAUCACCAGUUCAACAACUACAGCCCAUUCCCGAACCGAACCCCCUAUCCCGGUCAAGGAUACGCAAUGAACUCCCCGCGAAACACUCAAGCUCAGGCGGCAGGGGGGCAGGCAGCCAAGCAACAGACAGCGGGAGGAUCUGCUAUGGCUGCAUCAUACAAUAACCCGAGAUAUAACAUGGGAAAUCCGCAGCCCACUGCCACCCCAACUCUCAACCAACUUCUAACCUCCCCAAGCUCAACAAGGGGCUACCCAAACUACCCACCAAGCGAUUAUAACAACCAGGAAGGGGGUAAUAAGGGACCAACAGAUUUGGGCAGUAGCGGCCAGUAUGGUGGGGGCCAUCCGGGUUGGCAACAAAGGACACAUCACCCGCCACCCAUGAGCCCGGGAAGUACAGGGCAACCACUGGGUAGAAACCAGCCUCCAGGCUCCAUGGAGCAGAUGAAGAUGCGGGGGCAGCCGUAUGGCGCAGGCAGCCCCUACUCCCAGCAGCCCCACCAGGGCCCCCCUCCGGGCGCCCAGCAGGGCGGACCCUACCCUGGACAGGGCUACGGCCCCCCAGGACCUCAGCGCUACGCCAUGGGCAUGCAGGGGCGCAUGCAGUAUGGACAGCAGAUGGCCUCUUACGGCCAACAGGGACCAGGUGGGUAUGGCGGGCAGGGCCAACAGGGACCAGGCGGCUACGGAGGACAGGGCCAGCAGCCCUACUACAGCCAGCAGGGCCCGCACCCCCACGGGGGUCAGCAGCCGUCUCCGUACCCCCAGCCCCCUCCCACGCAGCCGGGUGCUCAGGGCCCCUACCCCCAGCAGCCGCACCCUUCCCAGCCGCCCUCGGCGCACGGCCCGGGCGGACCCCCCUACCCGCAGCCCCACAUGCCUCCCCACGCCCAGGGCCCCAUGGGGGCAGGAGGGCCCUCGCAGGGUCCCCCUCAGUCCCAGCCGCCGUACGCCCAGCAGGCUCAGCAGGCUCAGCAUCAGCAGGCUCAGCAGCAGCAGGCACAGCAAGCUCAGCAGCAGGCUCAGCAGGCGCAGCAAGCUCAGCAGCAGCCUCCCCAGGCCAGUCAGUCCCCGUACCCGUCUCAGCAGCCGCAGCCGCAGCCUCCGAGCCAGCCGCAGUCUCAGGCGAGCUCCCAGGCUCCACCGGCCUCACAGGCCCAGCCCAGCUACCCUCCCCAGCAGGGCCCUAUCCCGCCCUCGUCCCAGCAGACACCACCCCAGACCUCCACGGCCUCUUCCCAGCAGGCCCCGGGCCACGGGCAGUCCGGGCCCUACUCCCAGAAUGCUCAGCAGCAGCCUCCGCAGCAGCGGCAACCUCCACCAGAGCAGCAGCAGCAGCAGCAGCAGCAGCAACAACAACAACAACAACAACAACAACAGCAGCAGCAGCAGCAACAGCAGCAGCAGCAGCAGUCACCUUAUCAGCGAUUUCCCCCUCCACCUCCUCAGCAGGAGCUCUCCCAGGAGUCCUUCAGCUCCCAGUCCAGUGCCCCGGCCUCCAACCAGCCGCUGGCCUCCAGCAAGAGCACCUCCGAGGAAGCUGGGAUGCAGGGACGGCCCUCCAGCCUCCCUGAUCUGUCGGGCUCCAUUGACGACCUGCCCACGGGCGCGGAGAGCGCGCUCAGUCCUGGCGUGAGCACCUCGGGCGUGUCGAGCAGCCAGGGCGAGCAGAGCAACCCGGCGCAGUCGCCCUUCUCCCCCCACACCUCGCCACACCUGCCGGGCAUCCGCGGGCCCUCGCCCUCCCCUGUGGGCUCGCCAGCCAGCGCCACCGCGUCCCGCUCAGGCCCGCUCUCCCCUGCCACCAUGCCAGGGAACCAGAUGCCCCCACGACCCCCCAGUGUGCAGUCGGACGGAAUCCUGCACCCCUCCAUGAACCAGUCUGCCAUGGCCCAGGAGAGAGGCUUCCUGCAGAGGAACCCCCAGAUGCCCUACGGUUCGCCCCAGUCGGCCUCUGCCUUAUCGCCACGACAGUCUCCGGGAGCCCAGAUGCAUCCUGGGAUGGGGCCCUAUCAGCAGAACAACUCCAUGGGGAACUUUGGGCCUCAGGGUGGCCAGUAUGGCCCUCAAGGAUACCCCCGGCAACCUGGAUAUGGUGGCAUGCCCAAUGCCAACUACCCUGGUGGUCCUGGCAUGGGCGGAUCAAUGAACCCCAUGCCAGGCCAAGGAGGAGGUCCUCCCUACGGAGGCAUGCCCCCUGGAAGGAUGCCACCGGGGCAGAUGGGCGUCCGACCCCCCUAUGGGCCGAACAUGGGCCCCAACAUGGGCCCCAACAUGGGCAACAUGCCCCCUCAGGUGGCCUCUGGGAUGUGCCCGCCUCCAGGCCUCAACAGGAAGCCACCUGACGCAGCCGCAGCAGCAGCAGCAGCAGCCGCUGCCAUGCAGCAUGGAGCCACCAACUCCAUACACAACAGGUUGCCUGGUUACCCCAACAUGUCGCCGGGCAUGAUGGGAAGUGGUCCUCCCUAUGGCCCAUCCAUGAACAGCAUGCCAGGCAUGAUGAAUGCCCAGGGCCCCCCUUUCCCCAUGGGCGGCAACAUGGCCAAUAACAGCAGUGGAAUGGCUCCUAGCCCGGAGUUUGGCCUCGAUGGAAAAAUGAACCAGGCCCAGAAGAUGAACAACAAGGUGGAAGGAACCCCCAAGACCGAGACCAAGUCCAAGAAGUCCAGCUCAUCGACGACGACCAACGAGAAGAUCACGUGUCUGUAUGAGAUGGGCCCCGAGCCGGAGAGGAAGAUGUGGGUGGACCGAUACCUGGGCUUCAUCGAGGAGAAGGCCAUGGGCAUGAACAACCUGCCCGCCGUAGGCCGCAAGCCACUUGACCUCUUCCGCCUCUACAUCUCGGUCAAGGAGAUCGGAGGCCUCACACAGGUAAACAAGAACAAGAAGUGGCGUGAGCUGGCCACCAACCUGAACGUGGGCACCUCCAGCAGUGCUGCCAGCUCGCUGAAGAAGCAGUACAUCCAGUGUCUGUACGCCUUCGAGUGCAAGAUCGAGCGCGGAGAGGACCCGCCACCGGAGUUCUUCAACACUGACAGCAAGAAGAACCAGGCAAAGGUCCAACCACCCUCGCCUGCCGGCUCGGGAUCCCUGCAGGGUCCCCAGACCCCCCAGUCCACCAGCAGCUCCAUGGCGGAGGGGGGGGACCUGAAGCCCCCCACCCCGGCCUCCACCCCCCACACUCAGAUGCCUCCUAUGCCUGGCGGCAGGAGCAGUGUGAACCUUCAGGACCCAUUCGCUGAUGGCAGUGAUCCAGCCUUCUCCAGGAGGAACGCCAUGACGCCCAACUCGGGCUACCAGCCUGGCAUGGGCACCCCUGAAAUGGCUAGCCGCAUGGGGCCUUACGAGCCCAACAAGGACCCCUUCGGUGGCAUGCGCAAAGUGGGAGAGCAGUUCAUUCCCUCUGGCCAAGGCCCUAACAGCGGUAUCGGGGAAGCCUACAACCGCGGCCCUCCAGGUCCGUUGGGCAGCAUGCCCCCUAUGGGACAGAGGCAGCAGUACCCCUACGGCCCGGGCUACGACAGAAGGGCUGAAUCAGGUAUGGGCCCAGAGGGCAGUUUGGGCCCAGGGGGGCCGCAGCCAAACAUGAUGCCUUCCAGCACUGACACAGGGAUGUACUCGCCAAACCGCUUCCCUCCCCAGCAACAGCGACACGAUUCCUAUGGAAAUCAGUAUCCUGGACAAGGAGUGCCCCCUGGUGGCCCGUACCCCAGUCAGCAGCCAGGAAUGUACCCUCAGCAGCAGCCGAACUACAAGCGGCCGGUAGAAGGUGGUUACCCACCAGCGAAGCGUCAUGAGGGAGAGAUAUACAGUGGCCCCUUCACUGCUCAGCAGCAGCAGCAGCAGCAACAACAACAACAACAGCAGCAGCAGCAGCAGCAGCAGCAGCAACAACAACAGCAACAACAGCAGCAGCAGCAGCAGCAGCAACAGCAGCAACAAGCGCAACAACAACAACAGCAACAACAGCAGCAGCAACAACAGCAGCAGCAACAACAGCAACAACAACAACAACAGCAGCAGCAACAACAGAGACAGCAGCAGCAGCAGCAGCAGCAACAGCAGCAGCAACAGCAACAACAGCAAGCAGCGCAGCAGCCACCGCAACAGGAGCAGCAGUCCUCCUCGACCCCCUCUCCAGCCUCCAGUGGCCCAAGCCCUGCCCAGCAGGAGAUGUUCACCCAGUACAGUGGGGGCUACACAGGCCCUGAGCGCCGCCCCCCAGGCCCCGGCCCCCAGGGUCAGUUCCCGUACCAGUUUGGGCGCGAGCGGAUGCAGCCGGGCUCUGGCCCCAGUGCCCAGGGUUCCAUGCCCUCGCAGAUGAUGGGCAGCCCCAUGCAGUCGGGCCCUGAGGGCCCCCAGGCGGGCAUGUGGCAGGGCCGUGGCGAGGUGGGCUUCCCCAACUUCCCCAACCGGCAGGGGCCCGGCGGCCCUCAGCAGGGUCCCGGCUUCCACCCCGGCAUGAACCGCUCGGAGGAAAUGAUGUCGUCGGAACAGCAACGCAUGAACCACGAUGGCCCGUGGCCCGGCCAGAUGGGCCCCAGGCAGCCUCCUUUUGGGGCGGGCGGAGCCGGUCCGCCCAUGGGGCGGUCCAUGCAGCCCAACUACCAAUCCCCGCAGUCCAUGCAGAACCACAUUCCGCAGGUGUCCAGCCCCUCGCCCAUGCCCAGGCAAAUGGAGAGCCGGACCUCGCCCAGCAAGUCGCCCUACAUGCAGGGCAACAUCAAGAUGCACAAGGCGGGCGCGCCUGUGCCAGCUUCGCACAUCGUGCCGCAGCCCGUGCAGUCGCCCCUCAUGCGGCGGGACAUGCCCUUUUCCCCGGGCUCCGUCGAAGCCACUCAGCCUGUGCUCAAACCACGACGGAGGCUCACCAUGAAGGACAUUGGCACCCCGGAGGCAUGGAGAAUAAUGAUGUCACUGAAGUCCGGUCUACUGGCGGAGAGCACUUGGGCCUUGGACACCAUCAACAUCCUGCUGUAUGACGACAACAGUAUUUCCACUUUCAACCUUUGCCAGCUUCCGGGUUUCCUGGAGCUGAUUGUGGAGUAUUUCCGGCGCUGCCUGAUCGAGAUCUUCGGCAUUCUGAGGGAGUACGAGGUGGGUGAUCCUGGGCAGCGGACGCUGCUGGACCCCAAUGCCUUGACCAAGGAGGAGAACGGCCUGGAGGCCGAAGACAACCUGACCGAGGACAUGGAGGAGGGAGGAGAGGACGACGACGAGGAUGAUGAUGAUGAGGAGGAAGAGCAGCAGCAGCAGGCCCAGUCGGACACGCCUCAGGUCAAGCAGGAGGAGAAGGAGAUGCCGGUGGACGAAGACGGGGCUAGCAAGAGCGAGGAGAGCAAGGGCAAAGAGAACGCCGGAAGCUCCUCCAAGGAAGGGUCGUCUGAGACCGCGUCGUCCACGGAACCCGUGGUUCCUCAGGAGAAGCCCAAGCAAGCCAGCAAGUUUGACAAGCUGCCCCUGAAGGUGGUGCGCAAGAAGGAUCCGUUUGUGGUGGACUGCUCAGCGCGGCUCCGCCCGGUGACGGAGUUCGACAGCGGCCUGGUCCACUGGAGCGUGGGCGGGGGCGACAUCACAGAGCACAUCCAGACUCACUUCGAGAGCCGGCGCGACCCCUUGCAGCCUCGCCAGCAGCCCGCCGCCUCGGCCCAGACGUCGAGCCGGAGGAAAGCGUCCGCCAAGGACAAGGACAAGGACACGUCGACCGCCUCCACUUCCAGGGAAGACAAGAGCACUGAGGAAGAGGGGAAAGCUUCGCAACCUUCGUCAUCAUCAUCAUUGUCGUCUUCCUCCUCCUCAUCGAAGACGACCGCGGUCACGAGCAGCACUUCAGAGGCCAGGAAGGACGCGGACGCCUCCGGCGAGACGUCGCCGCAGCAGAAAGAGGGCGCCGAGAGGAUGACCGGUUUGACCGACGGCGCCAUACCCAGCAACGGCGGCGUCCUAACCGAGCCCAUCAUCCCGCAGCGCGUCACCACCAUCCUGGAGGACGAGCCGCACAGCAAGGACGAGGCGCCGCUCAGCACGCUGGCCCACUGGCAGGACUCGCUGGCGCGCCGCUGCGUCUGCGUGUCCAACAUCGUGCGCAGCCUCUCGUUCGUGCCGGGCAAUGACCAGGAGAUGUCCAAGCACCCGGGCCUGCUGCUGCUGCUGGGCCGCCUGGUGCUGCUGCACCACUGGCACCCCGAGCGCAAGCAGGCGCCGCUCACCUACGAGAAGGAGGAGGAGGCCGACGAGAGCGUGGGCAACGACGCCGACGAGUGGUGGUGGGACUGCCUGGAGUUGCUCCGCGAGAACUGCCUGGUGACGCUGGCCAACAUCUCGGGCCAGCUGGACCUGUCCAUCUACACGGAGAGCAUCUGCCUGCCGCUGCUCGACGGCCUGCUCCACUGGGCGGUGUGCCCGUCGGCCGAGGCGCAGGACCCCUUCCCCACGCUGGGCGCCAACGCGGCGCUCUCGCCGCAGAGACUGGUCCUGGAGACGCUCAGCAAGCUGAGCAUCCAGGACAACAACGUGGACCUGAUCCUGGCCACGCCGCCGUACAGCCGCCUGGAGAAGCUCUACGGCAACCUGGUGCGCCUGGUGGGCGAGCGCAAGGUGCCCGUGUGCCGCGAGAUGGCGGUGGUGCUGCUGGCCAACCUGGCGCAGGGCGACAGCAUGGCGGCGCGCGCCAUCGCCGUGCAGAAGGCCAGCGUGGGCAACCUGCUGGGCUUCCUGGAGGACAGCCUGGCCGCCACGCAGUUCCAGCAGAGCCAGAGCUCGCUCAUGCACAUGCAGGCCCCCUUCGAGCCCACCAGCGUGGACAUGAUGCGGCGGGCGGCCCGCGCCCUGCACGCCCUGGCCAAGGUGGAGGAGAACCACUCGGAGUUCACGCUGUACGAGUCGCGGCUCUUGGACCUGUCGGUGUCGCCGCUCAUGAACUCGGUGGUGUCGCACGUCAUCUGUGAUGUACUGUUUUUGAUUGGCCAGUCAUGACAGCCGGGGGGAGCGGUGGCUCCACCUCCUCCUCCUGGUUUGUCGUCCCCCGCCCUUCCACCCCUCUACACUUUCCCCACUUCCUGGUCCUACCCUUAAGCCCCGCCCCAUCCUCUUCUCCUCCCAUGGUGCACUGGUGCUGUGUAAAAAAACGAGCGAGGGGGAAUGGAAAAUACUGGGGGAAAACGUGUUAUUUUUUUCCUUCCUUUUUUUUUCCUUUGCUUUUUUUUAAUUUAUGCAAAUCUUCAGAUCCCUCGGUCCCUUCCUUUACCGAUCUGAGAUUCCACGUCUCAUUUUGCUGCGUCCCGAUGAAAGACAUGAUGUCAAAGUAGCUGUGGAUCAUGAACUGCUGUGGUAACUGACACAGACUGAACUGUUUGACGCAAACCAAGACGACACGGACCCCUGGUUUAUCUGUUGCUGCCCUG